UCACACUGCCGGCCGGGCCGGGCCGGGCUGACGCGUACUGUCUCGGCUCGUGCCUAGCCAGCUCAGGCCGACGUGUAGGGCAUUCACACUGCGCGCCGCGCCGAGCCGGGUCGGCGGAAUGGGGGAAAAUCCACUUCUCCGAUUUUCAUGUUCUAAAAAUUCUUAGAGGUAUAUAAGACUGCGCCACAUCGUUUUAUGAACUCAUUUUUUCCUUAAAAGCGUAACUUACGUCGUGAAAAAAGAAAAAGUCUACUUUUCGUUUCGCGUGAUUUCUUAGUUUCGUAACGCUUCCCAGCCGAUUUUGAAGAAAUUAUGCGGCUAAAAAAUCUGAUUUUUGUACACGUGCUAGUGUAACUUCUUAGCUUCGUAUUGAAUCAUUUAUCUUUUCAUAUUUCUUAACAGUCAUUGUGAAAUGAUGCUAUUUGUCAACGUUGUGCACUUGAUUUACAAAUCUUGUAGUGAAAAAGUUAUGUAGCGGGUAGCUUACUGUUAGAUCCGUUUUAGACCAUACAUUGCUGCGAAUGAAAUGUAGCUAAAAGUACCAAAAAGUUUUUGAAAUGUUAAUGACACUGAUAUCUGUCUCUGGUCACAAGUAAUGCGAGAUAUUCAGUGGCGUCAGUGCCGCGUCCGCAAGCCACGGAGUUCGAGCGGUUACAGCUUGGUUUAAUGUAGUCAUAUAAUGCAGGACAGAAAAAAACUAAUUACUAGUGAUCAGUGGUGUAAAACUAAUCACAAAAACAAACUGGAGAUUUGUGAUACGUUUACUGCAGAAACUGAAGCGCAAUUCCGUAGUCUCGUUGUCUACUUUGACAGAAAAAAAAAUAUGGAGAGUUAAUGAAACUACUGUAGAUCGACACAGAUGUGCGUUUCAUUGUUCUUCAUUAUUUUUUUCCUUCCUUGGCGGGCUGCGCUGCACCGUCAAGGUAAUCCCUACUCUUUGGCUAAAUGGCUGCUAGUUGCCGAAAGCCAGAUAGAUAAAUUAAAAAAAAUCCCCACCCUUCGACAGCUGACAAGCAAGUCACUAGAAAACGCAGCUGCUGUCAACAGUUGCUCGCCUUUGGCUAGUCUGUGCUGUCGUGUAGAACAAUGUCUUCACUCUUUUAUUGGUAUUGUUUUGACUCUGCAGUAACUCGUCGAGUUUUGAAGUACAGAAGAACUAGGAGGUUAUGGAUUCAUCCCAUAAAUAGCGACAGACAUUUAGGAGAGUUUUUUUCUUUACAUGAAGAACUUAAAAACUAUCCUGAAAAAUUUUAUUCAUAUUACAGAAUGAAUCAUAAUACAUUUCAGUAUGUGCUGCAGAACAUUCAAGACAAAAUUUCGAAACAGAACACAAAUUUUCGCAGAAGUAUAACAGCAGAAGAAAAAUUGUGUAUAACGAUAAGGUAUCUGUCCACUGGCAUCUCCUUUCAUGCACUGGCAUCGUCAUUCCGAUUAGGAGUGUCCACCGUAUCAGUGUUGGUGAAAGACGUUUGUAUGGCCAUAUGGGAGUCACUUGCUCCCAUUCAUUUACCAACGCCAACUGUUUCUCGAUUUAAAGAAAUUGCCAGUGAAAUGCAUACGAGAUGGGGAUUUCCAAACUGUGUUGGAUGUAUAGACGGGAAGCACAUACGUGUCCAAUGUCCUAAACUUUCUGGCAGCAUGUUUUACAAUUACAAACAGUAUUAUUCGAUUGUACUCCAAGCAGUUGCUGAUGCAAAUUACAAAUUUAUAGCUGUGGAUGUUGGUGCCUACGGUAAACAGUCUGAUGCAGGUGUGUUUAAAGAAAGUAUGUUAUAUAAGAAACUUACAAAUGGGGAGCUGUUAUUACCGCCACCAACAAGACUUGAAGGAAUGUGUCAGGAACUACCGUACGUCAUUUUGGGAGAUGAAGCUUACCCCUUAUUAGAGAAUUUGAUGAGACCUUUUCCUCGGAGAAAUUUGGACAACGAGAAGAUUCUAUACAAUGAUAUGCAUUCCAGAGCAAGAAAAGUUGUUGAAUGUGCAUUUGGUAUAAUGACCAAUAAAUGGAGACUACUGAGGAAGGAAAUUGAAACAUCCGUUGACGUAGCUGAUCACAUAGUCAAGUGCAUUUGUCUACUUCAUAAUAUUGUCAUUGACAGAGAAGGAUGCAAUGUUGAAGCUGAAAAGUUUUGUAACAAUGCUGAUAUGCAGACAGCUGGUGCCACAUUCAACAGAAAUUCCACAUUACGUUCGAAAACUGUCAGGAACACUUUUGUUGAAUAUUUCGUUAAAAAUGCAACUUAAAAUAAUUAAAAAACCUCUCAAAUAAAUUUUGGAAUUGAAAGUACUUUGCUAUUUACUGUAUUUUCUUGUA